ACUGUGGGUGUAUGACGGAAAUGUCCAAAUUGGUUGGCGUAGAUGAUAUACUACACAAUCGAAAUAUAUUACGCCAAAUAUGUGCAGAAAUAUUGGGAACAUUAUUGUUAGUAUUUAUUGGUGUUGGAGCUUGUGCCACAACAGCAACAGAUGGGAGUAAAGAAUGUGAAGCAUUUGUUAUCGUACGAAUAGCUUUAACAUUUGGUCUUACAGUUGCCACAUUAGCUGAGGCCAUUGGACAUGUCAGUGGAUGUCAUAUCAAUCCAGCGGUCAGUGUUGGAUUAAUUUUCACAGGACAGUGUUCAUUACUUAAAGCUUUAAUGUACAUAAUUGGACAAUGUGUUGGAGCUAUUAUUGGAGCAUUUUUAAUUGUUCAAAUGUUGGACGGUAUUGCAACAAACAAAAGUAAUUUAGGUGUAACUGGAUUAGGCACAGGAAUUUCAUCAGGUCAAGCAGUGCUUAUUGAAGCCGUUAUAUCAUUUGUAUUAGUAAUGGUUGUAUGUUCCAUAUUGGAUGAAGAAAGAACCGCAAUGACUGGAUCAGCACCAUUAGCAAUUGGUCUCACAAUUUCAGCAGCUCAUUUAUUUGCUAUCCCAUACACCGGAUCCAGUAUGAAUCCUGCUAGAUCUUUUGGACCAGCUGUGAUACAAAAUAAUUACGAUUUCCUUUGGAUAUACUGGGUGGGACCAAUCCUCGGAGGUGCUGUAGCCGGUUUACUCUACCGACUGUUAUUUAAGGUACGUGUCGAGCCAACAGUUGCCACGUCAUUUAACGAACGUUACUAAAACUACAUACUCAUCAUAAUCAUUUGAUUCAAUAGUGAUUAAAAUGGUGAUUUUAAUUUAAAUAUGGAGUCUUUUUUAUUUCUAG